AAUGGCACUGCACUCAGUGUGAAAACUACGGGGUAAACUACUAUACUACUACGUGAGUUGGUGUGUUGAUGUCGCAUGACCUUAAUAUGGCUAAAGUCUAAAGAUAUGAUGCGACUACUUUUGGUAGAGUCUAGAUUUACUGCAACUUCAUGGAGAGAUGAGAGUUACGUCACGUUAUUUUGAGAACACGAACUUCUAUGGCUGUACUGUAUCCGGACAUCUUUUAAUUAAAGUGGUUUACCAGGAAACAAGCGAAGCAGAUGCACAGACAGAGAGACAGAGUCACGUUCCUGCCACUCUGAUCUUUCCCGUCACUAAGACGCAGUGCAGUGCAGUGGAUCGUGGAGUGUGGUAAAUCGGCAGAUUGGUUUGAUUUUGUAAAGAAAGACAUGAAUGAUGAAGGACGAGCAUGAACCCAGGACAAAUUCAGUACUUUCUGUGAUAUAAUUGUAAUCAUCUAAACUAGGGGUCUGUUAAAAAAGUUGUGACCGAUUCAGUGAGACACAGAAACAGAGAGACAGAGAGGGGCACUUUCUUCUGAUCUGGAGCUGGCCCGUUUCGGCAUCAGGAACGUUAUCCAAAGAUGGGGGAUAGUCAAGGAACAUCGGUUAUAAAUGAGAAUGACACGCGUCAACUGUUAGAUCACUUCUCCAAGACUCAAUACAGAGCUCGUGAAGGCAGUAGUAAAGUUGAAGGAUUUGAGAGGAAAUGUCUUGCUUUAUUUGCAAAGGACUACAAAUACUCAGUAAUCCUGAAUUCGAAUGGGGAGCUUUGUGGUCACUACCCAGGCAAGUUGGUUAUACUGGAGUACAUGUUAGGAGCUGAUGGACAAGUAGGAGAAAGAGACCAUGUGGAGAGCAUGUAUGAUGUGACCAAGCUGAGAGAGAUAAUGUGCCGCUCAAGAUUUGCUAGGUGUAGGGAGAGAUUUGUCAUGCCAGUUAUCCUCUGUGAUGGCAAGCACAUUUGCAGAUCAGCUACCCUCUCGGGAGGUCCUGAGAUAUAUGGACGUUCUGGCUUCAACUACCUCUUCUCAGGAGGUGAAAGUGCAGAACUAGAUGAUGAAGAAACUAUGACCAGUCUAAGUAGGAGCCCAUCUACAAGUAGCAACGAUUGGCCGUUGUUUGACCGCUACAGAGGUCAAGAUAUCAAGCUGUUGAAGAUGCUCCAAGUGACCGCUGUGUGUGACCUUAUGCUAGAGAACAAGAAAGUCAAGUUUGGGGUCAAUGUAACAUCAUCAGAGAAAGUGGACAAGGAGCAUAGGUAUGCUGAUUUCUGCUUGCUCUCAUUACCGUACCCCGGCUGUGAAUUCUUCAAAGAUUUCAGGGACAAUGGCUUCAACGGUAUUAAUCUCUUCUUUGACUGGUCACAGGACUUUGUUGAUGCUGAUCUGAGUAUACCAGACAGAGUAGCCACCUCCACAGGCAUUGACUGGCAUAUGUACAGGCAAUGGGAUCUGGUGAAGAUCACACAGAACUACCUGAAGCUCCUGCUCUUCCUUAUCAAAGAUGGAGAUUCUGGGGUGUUAGUACAUUGUAUAUCAGGCUGGGACCGCACACCUCUUUUCAUCUCUCUUCUCAGGCUUUCUCUUUGGGCGGACUGCAAAGCCCAUGCAAACCUUAGUGCAGCUGAAAUACUCUAUCUCACAAUUGCGUAUGACUGGCUCUUAUAUGGGCACAAUCUAUGUGACAGAUUAGGGAAAGGAGAAGAUGUUUUCUUCUUCUGUUUCAACUUCCUGAAGCACAUCACAUCCGAUGACUUCUCAUUACUCCAAAGAAGCAGACGACACAGAGCAUCGAGUAGAGCAGACUCAGAAUCCUGUCUUGAACCGAUGGUCUUAUUAGAUCUGGAAGAAAGCAGGAAAUACAAACUAGGUAGUAACUCCAGUCUCGGCAGUAAUAUCAGUAUUACCAGCAUCAGUAGCACAAGUUCUCCUAUCUUAACAUCUGUUCAAGACUCUAGCUGUAAAGAAGAAACAAGGAAUGGAGAUGUUCAUCAAACAUCAAAUGGUGCUCCCAAAUAUAAUGUUAGACCAAAAUCAGCACUCCACCGACCUGAGAGCACGAAGCAAACUAUCAUCCAAUCAGCAACCAGUCCUGUAGCAGUACCCAGGUCAUGUCGAAGGUCAUCAGCUGAUUUGGCAAAGUCAACAUCAUCAGCAUGUGGAAGUUGGCAGAUAAUAUCAGGCACGGGUAGUGUAAAGGGUUACUUCUCAGCCCGAGACUCGCCCCUCACUAUCAAUUCAGACAUCUCCAGUGGAUCAGCUAGCUCAGCUAACAGCAACCCACCGAUACCUGAGCAUAUCCCUGAGGAGAGCAUAAGGAAGCAGAGGCUAGACCAGGUCCGAAUGGAGUUUAACAAGAUCUACUCAUCAGUGAUUGGUCCCAGAUACGCCAUGGAACCCAGCACUGGAAUAGGGGGUGUGUUAGGAAACCUGGUCACGAAAGUAGGACUCAAGGGUGGAAGGGGUCAGUACGCAUAGCACAUGGCCUUUCACAUAUGACUGCAUUUUUUGGUGAGGUUGUAAGUCUUCACGUUUGCAAGGUGCCUGUUGAAAGUGCGGGUGGCGUGUAUAGCACAUGGCCUUUCACAUAUGACUUUGCUAAGUCUUCACAUGUAAGAGGAGUCUCUUAGCAUAUAGCACAUGGCCUUUCACAUAUAGUAAGUCUUCACAAGUGAGAGGUGCUGGUUCAUUGAGGUAGCACAUGGUCUUUCACACAUGACUGUAAGUCUUCAAAACGUGAGAGGUGCCUGUUGAGGUAGAAGAUAUUGCACAUGGCCUUUUACAGAUGACCCAAUUUCAUGUGUGGUUGUAACUCCUUGAGCAUAAGAAGCUUGGGUUAAUGCUGGGGCUGUAUACGCAGCACAGACAGCUCCACUUCUGGCACCAAGAGAGUGAUAAAAGAGUUCAGUGUGAUUGUGGUAGCUGCAACAUCGUAAUCCAUGUAUGCCUGGAACCAUCUCAAAGGAUGAUCUUUGUUUGGAGGAUCUUCAUCAUUGCAGCAAGCUACAAAGUCAGACACCAUCUGGGAGAGGUGUGAUCUGUCUGCUGUAAUAUUUGCUUCAUUCCAAUCACGGCACUGCAGUUAAGACCUUGCCUCGCAUCAGCUUGUGUCCUAGCC